AUGGAUCUAGCCUACGACCACAUCGUCGAGGAGUCGCUGCCCAAGGAGGAGGAUGGCAAGCGCAACAAGACGGCCGGAAGUGCGGAGCAGACGCAGAAUAGCCUGAACGCCGAGUUCCAGGAUGCGUACAAGGCCUUUUCUGCGAGCCCUUGGGGCGCGAGGCUCGGCGGGUUCUUUGGGAACGUGGUCAAGCAGGGCGAGACCGUAUACCAGGGAGCCCAGAAGGAACUCGCCGCCGCCGGGAGCGAGGCUCAGCGCGGGUUCACGGGGCUGACCAACGCCGUCAUCAACCGGACUCGGGGCCUGUCGCUGGCCGGCGGGGCCGAGUCCGGGGCCGCAGGGCCGCAGGAGCAGCAGGGCGAGGCCUCGGGGUCGGCCAGCGGCGACAAGAGCAAGGAGCUGAGCACGGACGAGGCCAUCAAGGAGUCGGAGAACGUGCUCUCGCGGCUGCGGACCGAGGCGGCCAAGCGGCUCAAGGACAUCCAGCGGGCCGAGGACGCAGCGGAUGAGGCGCUGCUGCGGUUCGGGACCAACAUCAGCGCGUUCCUGCGGGACGCCGUGAGCAUCGCGCCCCCGUCGGGCGCCGACGGCGGCAGCAACACCAACAACAACGGCGACAGCACGGUGCUGUUCGAGAGCAAGGACGCGGCCGGCAAGAGGGUGAUCCACACGAGCCGGUUCGACGCGCAGCUGCACGUCAUCCACACCUCGACCGAGAGCUUCACCAAGGACCCGGCCACGGGCGACUGGGACACGUGGGGCGCCGAGUUCGACAUCAAGGGCAAGACCGAGGACAUCAGCAAGGACCUGGAGAAGUACCCCGAGCUGCGGGCGACGAUGGAGAAGCUCGUGCCCGAGACGAUACCGUAUGAGGACUUCUGGAAGAGGUACUACUUCCUGAGGCACGGAAUCGACCUCGCGGAGGAGAGGAGGAAGGAGCUCCUGAAGGCCGCGUCUGCCGAGGAGGAAGUCGGCUGGGACGAGGACUCUGACGACGAGGCCGCUGGCCCGAGCAAGUCGGACGAGCCCAAGAGGCCCGGCUCGACCGGUUCCUCCACCACCAUCCACCCUCCCACCACCAAGCCCGCCGAGAAGCCGUCCGCCCUCCUGAAGCCGAACGAGUCCCGCAAGUCCAACGACGAGAGGUCGCAGCCCGACAGCGAGACGAGUUACGACAUGGUCGGGGCGGCGUCCGGGAACCCGAGCAACGCGCCCAACAGCCCUAGGGAGGGCCGCAAGGCUGACGAUGACAGCGAUGAGGACUGGGAAUAA